AUGUCUGCUGAAGCUGUACAUAAUGUGGCUGAUGAGCCUGUUCAAGAAGAACAAAUCGUUCAUAACAACAAUGCACCUGAAUCUGAAUCUGCUUUGGCAGUAGAUGGUGUACAACAACCGGAAGAACAACCAGGAUUGGUUGGAGAAGAAGCAACUGCCUCUUGUACUUCUGGAAAAGCAGAAGAAGAUGUAAGUAGCUCUGAAAAGGAAGCUGCUGCCGAAUCCCAUGGCGACACAGAUGCUAUGGAAGAGCAGUCACAGGAAGCCGCACUUGUCGAACAAAAGGAAAAUACAGAGCCUCAAGAUCAAGAAGUUUCUCAUGAAGAAGUUUCUCAGCAAAAAGAGCAACAAGAGCAGCAAGAUCAACAAGAACAACAAGAGCAGCAAGAACAACAAGAACAACAAGAACAACAAGAACAACAAGAACAACAAGAACAACAAGAACAAACAGAGCAAUCCUCAGAAGGAUCUGAGAAUGAAAAUUCUACUACUUCUGCUGACUCGAAAUCCAAUGAGAACACGUUAAAUGAGGAGGACCAUGCCGUCGAUAAACAGACAAAUGAGUCUGAAACCGGAUCAAAUCCGAUCGAUGAGAACCUUGUUGAAAAGCAAUGUAAACUCAUUAAUGAAUCAGGUAUCCUACAAAGCCCUACAUUCAAAAAUGUAUCUGAGGAAGAAAAGGUAUCUGCCAUAAUUGCUCUUUUGAACACUGAUCCCCAAACAGCAAUGCCAAAUGCGUUACCACUUGCCCCAGAAAAACCUUCAGAGGCUCAAUCCGAUUCUAAAAACAAAAAACGGAGAUUCCCUCGUCCAGAUAUGUCUCAACCAAUGUCAGCUGAAGAAAGGGCUAGAUAUGCAGAGUAUUUGAAUGGAGAAACCAAAAUCACUGAAAUUCAAUCUUUCCCUCCUAAAUCCAGAUUGUUCAUCGGGAAUUUACCACUGAAGAAUGUGAAGAAGGAAGACCUCUUCCGUAUUUUCUCUAGAUACGGUCAUAUCUUCCAAAUUAAUAUUAAAAAUGCUUUUGGGUUUAUACAAUAUGAUAACCCUACUUCCGUCUUGGAUGCUAUAGAAUGUGAAUCUGAGGAGCUAAAUUUCGGCAAGAAACUAAUUCUAGAGGUUUCAAGUUCGAAUGCUAGACCUCAAUUUGAUCAUGGAGAUCACGGCUCUAACACGAGUUCAACUUACGCUACUUCAAGUAAGAGAAUAUAUGAUAACGAUGAUAAUGAGGAUGAUGACAUGUACAGUGAUAAUCAUUACAAAAAAUCUAAGAAGCGCACCCCUCAAUGUUUGAUAUACGUUAAAAAGGCUGCCGAUCGUACAUAUGCAUACAGCGUUUUUACUAACAUCAGCAAAAAGACUGGGUUAGAAACCGAUAUGGUGAUACUAAAGCCUAGAAUGGAACUAAGAAAGCUCGUUAAUGAUGCUGCGUAUGAUGGUGUGUGGGGUGUCGUUCUUGUGAAUAAGAACAAAAAUGUUGACGUUCAAACUUUCUAUCUAGGCCCUUCAGGUGAAACAAAAUCUGAUGAGUAUGUGUCUGUUUCCAUGGAUGAGGCCGUGUCUAUUUUUAAUAAUAUCAAAGCCACUAGAAUGGGUCCCCCAUCAAUUUCACCAGUUAUGAGUGCACAACCAUAUGGAAUGCCACCUCAUCAAGGCGUUAUGCCCCAACAACCUUACAAUUACAUGCCACCACAACAGCACUAUCCUGGUAACAUGCCAAUGAUGCCUCAACAACAAAUGUAUGGAAAUAUGCCUCCUGCUUCGAAUUAUGGUAUUCCUCCACAAAUGCAGCAACAUAGUUAUCAAGGCUAUCCUCAGCAAUCACAGAUGAUGCCUCCACAACAAGGGGGGCUCGAUCAAAAUCAAUUACUUGCAGCAUUGCAAAAUCUCCCUCCUAAUAUCGUAUCGAACUUGCUACAAUUAGCUCAACAGCCAAAUCAACAGCAACAACAACAAGCGUUGGGCGUGAUUCAACAAAUCCAAGCGGGAAUACCACUUCAACAACAGCAACAGCAACAGCUACAACAGCCUCAGCUGCAACAACACCCACAACAACAACAACAACCUCAGCAACAGCAACAACCUCCCCAAAACCAUCAACAACAGCAACAACCACAACAACAGCAACAACAACAGUCGUACGGCAACUACAUGAUGCCGCAAGGAAUCAAUUCACAGGAAAAGCGUGCUUCUGAUCAAGCUGGUUCUCAACAACAAGCUCAAACGCAAGCGCAGAACAAUAAUAACGUUCAAUCCCUCUUAGACUCUCUUGCAAAACUACAAAAAUAA